GGUUUGCCAGCGAACCCUACUAUGUAUUUAGAUCUACAUUUCGCCCAGAGGAUCCAUCCAGCCUUACAAUAACCAUAACUAUGUGUGCAACCACACAGGGAGGCCUCUUCGAUAGACUGCCCUACGAGCUGCGCCUCCAGAUCUGGGAAAACGCCCUCUCAGAUGGCAGCACUAACAUCAUGCGGACGAGUCACGGCAUUAAUGAAGAAAUUAGUGAACGAUUAUACGACACACUCGACAUUCACCUCUCGCCUAUCUACGAUGAUCCGUGGAUGCGUGUCUCCUGCCGUCGAAUGCAUCUCAACUGGACUAUCAAGAGCCCAACUGAGAAGAACAAGCACACACCUAAUCCCGAUAAGUGCUGCCGCGACAUCUACGACGGUCUACUGCCUUUGCCUUUUGAGAAGCUCAAGUUGGUGAUCAACAUAUACGCCCCAGAUCAUCGAGAUGGCGCCCAGCUCCUGCUGCUCUGGCAGAAGGUCCGUGCCUUGGUUGCCAUCUUGAACCAGACUCCGGGGUCCAAGUCAGUUGAGGUCGCGUUACGACAACAUGGCGAGCACACCUGGUAUUGGGCCAGCAAGGUCACGGCGGGGCUUACAACUCGCCUCGCUGAUAGUGACCUUUUGCUCAUUCUAUUCGGCAAACUAGCGAGACUUCGGGAUUUCAGCAUGACCCCAUCGACCUUAAUGAUGCGCCAACACAAGGAUAUUGAUGCCCUAAUCACCGAUAUCGACUUUUACUUCGACACAGAACUCGACAUUCUCCGCGGACGAGCGGCAGCUAUGCUCCGCCUCGAACGUUUCGCCACGUGGUUCUCCAGUUCCUGGGGGAAGCUGCCAUACGAAGAUCAAACCUUGGUCACAAUCCGACGACACCACGGUGCCGUGGCUACCUACGACUCCGAACUCACCAAACUCCGACUCCGAUACAACUGCUUUGACACAGCGCAGCUCAGCGCCUUCGGCAAAGACCUAUACCAUCCUAUCGACCACGACUUUGACUGGCAAAAGUGGCUCAAGGCCUACCCAAAGGGUAUCCCCCGAUUAUCGAAAGAGUGGCUCCGCGAAAAGAGAAGGAAGACUUACAGACGACUUCGGCUACGACAGUAUUCGGCAAACAAUAUCGCCGAUCCGCGGCAGUUGACGCAGUUCUAAUACUCGGUUGCAAACUACCUGGCCCGAGUCUGGAAUAGUGUCUCGUUCCCGAAUAUGCCUCGCAUGUUCUCUGAGGCCCGUUGGUGCGAGAAAUGUCGGCAGAUUGGGUUUCAGGUUGGGUGUGACGACUGCCGAGGUUUGAAUGAUUUCGACGAGGACGGUGUUUCAGAGGUUAUGACGAGUGAUGAAUCUGGUGAUAUGUGCGGUGGGAAGUCGAACGAGUCUGGUUUUCGUUGAUUUGUCGUUGUACACUCGACGAGUGUGAUUCUGUUUCCUGUAUUUAGUCUUGAAGAGCUUGGAACUUGGAAAUGGUCGU